GAAUGAGACCAGAGAGCUAGUUGUGCGCCGGCCGGCACGCUGGACGGAUGCGUGUAGGAUUCUCGUAUCUAACUUCUUCGUUAGUCUACGACUCUUAAAACUUGUUUUCUCAGUACACAUGAAAUUUGUAAUACAUAAUCAAAGGUUACAUUAAAUGAAUAGCUCCUUAAUAAAGUGUUAAUUUCUCGACGAAUAAUUGUGUUGUUUAUUUUUUAUCUGUGAAACUGCAACGUGUUUGGUUCAACGGACUACACAGGAGUUUUAUUUUUAUUACAGAAGUGCAAUGUUCAAAAUCAACUACUUUAAUUACUAAAUCAACUCUUAAGUGUGUGAGCGACGCUGGUGACAAUGUUUCAAGUUUUUCGGACUAUCGGUGUAUUGUGUGUGGUUCGCUGGCUCGUUUUUGUGGUCAUUGGCCUCGGGUUCCAAGUAGAAUCCCAAACUGUGCAACAGACUUCCGUAGUGGAUAGUUCUUAUAACUUUUAUUAUGAACAGCCGUGCUGCUCUGGGACUGUCGCUAAGACCAAAUAUCACAUGAGGCACAAACGAGAUCAUGUACGGGAAUUUUCCUGUGGCGCCUUGUACUACAGGACCUUCUUUGUUGACUCGAAAAGGGAUGCACUCUAUGUUGGCGCUAUGGAUCGGUUAUAUCGGCUGAAUAUGAAUAACAUUAGUGCGUCGCAUUGCGAAAGAGAUUCAAUUAACCUAGAGCCUAGCAACGUGGCCCAAUGCGUAUCCAAAGGAAAAUCAGAGCAUUUCGACUGUCGAAACCACAUCCGUGUAAUUCAACCUAUGGGCGACGGAUCACGCCUGUAUGUCUGCGGUACCAAUGCUCACAGCCCGAAGGAUUGGGUCUUAUAUUCGAACUUGACGCACCUGCCUCGUUACGAGUACGUGCCGGGCAUAGGGAUGGGGGUUGCAAAAUGCCCGUAUGAUCCAGCGGACAACUCUACUGCUUUGUGGGUGGAGAAGGGCAACCCUGGCAACCUGCCCGCACUGUACUCGGGAACUAACGCCGAAUUCACCAAAGCCGAUACGGUGAUCUUCAGAACGGAUUUGCAUAACUUGACGACGGGACGACAAGAGUUUUCCUUCAAGAGAACUCUGAAAUACGACUCGAAGUGGCUCGACAAGCCUAACUUCGUUGGAUCAUUUGAUGUUGGUGAAUACGUUCUAUUUUUCUAUCGCGAAACGGCUGUGGAGUACAUUAAUUGCGGCAAAGCUGUGUAUUCGAGGGUGGCCAGAGUCUGUAAGAGGGACACAGGAGGCAAGAACAUUUUGAGCCAAAACUGGGCAACUUACUUGAAAGCCAGACUAAACUGCAGCAUACCCGGAGAAUUUCCAUUUUAUUUUAAUGAAAUACAGAGCAUUUAUAAAAUUCCCGGCGACGACAGCAAAUUCUAUGGUGUUUUCACAACAGCUUCGACUGGUCUCAUGGGAUCUGCGAUUUGCACCUUCACUAUCGGAGAUAUCCAGAAGGCUUUCGAAGGGAAAUUCAAAGAGCAGGCUUCCUCCAGCUCUGCUUGGCUUCCGGUCAUCACCAGCAAAGUACCGGAACCUAGACCGGGGACUUGUGUGAAUGAUACGGCAUCUCUGCCAGACACAGUUCUGAAUUUUAUUCGGUCACAUCCCCUUAUGGACAGUGCCGUUUCCCAUGAACAUGAAAAACCGAUUUAUUACAAAAGGGACUUGUUCUUCACGAGACUUGUGGUAGACAGAGUGAAGGUCGACAUGAUGGGACACCAGCUGGACUACACCGUGUAUUAUGCUGGAACAAACGAAGGAAAAAUACACAAGAUCGUACAGUGGACUAGAAAUGGAGACAGUCAGUCGGCUCUGCUUGACAUAUUUGACGUUACUCCAGGAGAGCCGAUUCAGGCAAUGGCUAUUUCGCGUAUCCACGGCUCGUUGUAUGCAGCAUCUGAUAGAAGAGUGCUACAACUCCGUUUGGCUUUGUGUGCGAGACGGUAUGAUGCUUGCGUAAGGUGUGCAAGAGAUCCGUACUGCGGAUGGGACAGAGAUGCUAGCGUCUGUCGCGAGUAUAUACCUGGACUGAUUCAAGAUGUAGCCAAUGAGACAGCCGAUAUCUGUGAUUCAUCAAUUUCUCGGAAGAGCGUGUCGGCUACGUGGGGCCAAAGCCUCCACUUAGGAAGCUUUGUGAAGAUGCCAGAAGUACUCCAACCUAGGGCUGUCACUUGGUUUCACUAUUCAAGGGAAAAGGGUCGUCACCCGAUUACAUUUAAUAAACCAGAAAAGUAUAUCGAGACCUCAGAGCAUGGACUACUGAUAAUCGCUGUGAAUGAAGCGGACGCUGGAAGAUAUGAUUGCUGGCUAGGAGGCUCUUUGUUGUGCUCAUAUAACAUCACCGUUGACACACAUAGGUGUUCGCCGCCGGAGAAAAGCAAUGAAUAUCAAAAGAUAUAUUCAAAUUGGUGUCACGAGUUCGAAAAGUACAAAACUGCCAUGAAGACGUGGGAAAGAAAGCAAGAGCAAUGCGCUCGGCAAAAUGAUUCGAAUCAGAACACGCAUCCGAACGAAAUAGUGUGAUAGCUCCUGAGCAUCGCCUAUCUCAUGUUUCAGUCUGUUAAUUAUUACAUAGGAGUAAUACCGAUACCGUACCUUACGGCCGGCCUCAGGUACUUCAAUAUAUUCUCGUGAGAAAAUCCGUCAUGCAACAGCAUCCGCUCCAGAUAAAUAAUUCCGUGACUAAUAUGUACAAGAUAGUGAUGUGUUAUAGCAAUAGAGAACCUAUAGCUUUUAUAAAGACUUUCAAAGUGUAGUGAUGAUUAACAAACAACAUAGUGAACAGUUCAGCAAACCCAUUAGGAACAUGAGAAGGUGGUGGGACUCUCAAGUUUGACGGACAUUUUAAUAUUUAAUGAAAAAUUGGAUCGAAAUAACAAGCGUUGUGAGUUGCUUUGUUUGUGAAUGUUAUGUAUAAAAGUGAUUAGAAAUCGUAUUUUCGAACUGUAAGUACGCUUUGUUUGUUGGAUAAGCAUAGAAAAUUUGUUAGUUGUAUUAAAACAACUUAGUUUUUAUAUACCAGAAGAAGCAGUCAUUUAUUUGGAUUUCGAUUUACAAAAAUCUAUUAAUUUCCAAUUAACUCCUAAUUAAAAGUAUUAUUUAGCUAUGCAGUUUAUUCGUUCAGCAAGUAUAAUUUUAUAAAAAAAAGUUAAAGUAUCAAGACUUUUACAUGAUAGUACAUUAGCGAUUCAAGUAUAUUGAUACGUAUCGCGGCGCGUUAGUACAGCCGCGGUCGUAAUUUGAAAUCUCCGAGGGUUGUGGGAGGGCUCUCCUCAUUAUUUUUCCCCUAUUUGUGUAAAUAGUUACCUAAUUUCGUUCAACCGUAUUUCAUAAGUACGUAUAGAAUGCACGUCCCUACUUGUAACGUAUAAUUUAAGCCUGUGAUAUAAUAAGAAAUUCGUUUAGUAAAAAGUAAUUUAAGCAUUUACGCGGACGUAUGACUAAAUUAUCGCUCAUUAUACACUCGUAGUUUUAAUGAGGCUUUUAUUUUAAUAUAUCCUAGACACGCUAUGACGUCAUACUUUGAUUGAAGCAAUAAAUGAAUGUAGGCAAUCCCCGUUUUAGGGCAACAAUUUUUAUAUAGCUGUUAAAUUAUUACAAAACCAUGUUUAUAACUUAAUGGUCUACGACUUUUCAGUAAGGAAUUUCGUGGACACGUGAAGCUGAUGAUGUCACCGUUCCGUUAAUCUUAUAAUGUUUUUUUUUUAAUUUUUUUAUUUGAUGAAUCUUUACAUAUAUUUUCACGUAUUCAUCAUAUUUUGACAUAUUUCAAUGAAAAAAUGUUUAAUUUAUUUAUUUAGUGUAAUUGAUAAAACUGUUAUUCAGAAGUAGCCUUAUGACACGUAUCAUUUUCAGUACCUGCAAAAUUUCGAGUUCAUAUCAUGAAAAAUAUACCAAUAAUAUAAUUUUAAAUUGAUUAAAUUCAAAUAUUUACAAAGGAAGACAAAGGAAGAACUACCGAAUUCUUAUUUUUCAAAAAAUGCACCUUUAAUAUUUUUACUAGAGUUUUUUACCUAUUAUCUGAGUAUUGAAUUAUAAAUUACCCCUGAAUUUCUCUGAUAGAUACUAGCUUAAAGCAAACAAAAAACAUCGAACUCAGUAUUCAACUCAGUUUCUUGAAAUGUGUUUGCCACUGCUCAGUAUUAUAAGACAUUUAUUAGGCAUCGCAUUGUUAUUAUUGACGGCUUAAGAGACGCUACUUAUCAAAUUAAAGCUCUAAAAAAGAAUAUCCUUAUUAUACGGAAAUUAAUUUUCUACACUGUUCUUCACUAUGCGGUGUGCAAGUUUUGACAUUAAUAAAUUUGUAAUGCGUUUGAAAAAGUUCAUACAAUUACUUAAUAAUACUAUAAUGAUAUCAAAUUAUGCGGCUCUGUAACGAAAUGUGUGUUUUGAAACGUCAACUAACAAAUUUUUACUGGUGGUAGGACCUCUUGUGAGUCCGCGCGGGUAGGUACCAUCACCCUGCCUAUUUCUGCCGUGAAGCAGUAAUGCGUUUCGGUUUGAAGGGUGGGGCAGCCGUUGUAACUAUACUGAGAUCUUAGAACUUAUAUCUCAAGAUGGGUGUCGCAUUUACGUUGUAGAUGUCUAUGGGCUCCAGUAACCACUUAACACCAGGUGGGCUGUGAGCUCGUCCACCCAUCGAAGCAAUAAAAAAUAUUAAAUAAAAUAAAAAUUAAAGCUAACAUUCAUUAUUACAAAUUAAUACAAUUAUGUUUAUCUAGUUUACGGUUCAAUCACGCAUUUUUUUUAUUAUCUUUCUCAAGACUCGUGACAACCGAUGAAAAUAGUAAACAAUAAAUAGUCAAUAUUUAUCAUAUCCUUAUUAUGGUUCCUCAUCGUCUCCUUUCUAUAUCUCAAAUCAAAUAAUUUUUAAUGCGUACGAUGCAUUUAGAUGCGAAAACUUGUAGUUAUAAGGUCAUUUGUGAGUUGCGACAACAGCUGUGGUAGGAUAAGCGUAGGCAAGUAGGUGCUUCAUUGCAAGCUUUUAGUCGCGUUAACAUAGAUAUAUUUUUCAGACUCUUUCAUAUCACUAUGUAAAUACAUAUUUUUUAAAUAAUUUAAAAUCGUAAGGAAUACCUGAGCUUUGUCGUUUAUCGUGUACUAGUUAAUAAAUAUUCGUACUUAAGUAAAAUAAUGUUUUAAGGAUUUCCGAUCCUCUUGGGAAGAUCUUGCGCAAUAAUUAUAAACUAAUUACUAUUAUCUUAUAAACGAGUAGCUAUGUAAAUUUCACGUGUUAUUAUAAGUUAAAUUCAAAUAACGUAGCGUUAAGAUUUUAUAUAAUAAAUCUUUGAAAUGUAUCUUUCA